GGAUAAAGGUGUAUGUGCUGUUAAAUGUUAUUUUUUUUAAUUAUUGUUAUUCUCUCGUCGCUUGAUAAAAAGGAUAUCAUAUCAGACGUGUACACUGAUAGCAGUUGACAGACCCAAACAAAUGCUAUGCAUAUUGUAGUAGCCUAUUGAAAAACAUCUGUGCGUGCGAGAAAGGUAAGAAGCUGAAACCUAGAUCUAGAUGUAGUUUUUUAUGUUUUUUUUUAUAUAUAGUGAAAAAAACUACUGCUGCAUAAACUGGCUGGCUCUAUUGGCAGGUAAUAUGGUACAAUUUGGUCAGAAUAGGCUAGGUUAAAUCUAACGUGGGUGAAACCCAGUUAAGGAGAAGGUUCAACAUCUGGUUGAUUUUUGCUUAACCCAACUAACGACACAAAUAUUUGCUGCGUAAGUGUACUUAAAAGCUCUUUCAACAACAACAGAGUGUGUAGUGGUUAAACGUUCGCAGCCGGCCACUGACAGGCAUACGAGGGAAAGGGGGCGGGAUUCCGAAGUGUGGCGUCUCAUGCAGGUAUGUUGGCACAUUACUAGCUCGUCCCAUCGUCACACGACCAAGAGCUCACUGAUCAGCCGCAACAGUGCGGUGUCACUUUCCCAAUUCAGCAACAACGGGAAGACUUCGUGACCAGAAGACUGCCGAAGAUCUAGCUGCUGAUUGAUACGGAUAAUUGUCUUUUUGGAUAUGUGCUGAUUGUAUUCUAAAAUGAUGAGCAAAAAGGUACCAGGAUCCGGGAUGUUAACUGUAGCUACAGGCAUAGACCGUGGACGAGUCGGGGAGCGGCUACAGGCGGCCCUUGCCGGGCUGCAAGAGUUGCAUUUUCUCAAGGAAAAACAAGCCGACAUGGUCCACCGGGCGCUCCGCAUGGAUCGGGAAGCGCCGACAGAUUCUUCUCAACUGAACACCAACCAACCCCCCGUUUAUGCUGAAGAACAGCGACUAGAAGCGACUUUGACAGCGCUUAAACAACAACUGACACGACUGCGGAGACAGGAUGUCGGUCUGAAGACUCACCUACAGCAGCUGGACCAACAGAUCAGUGAGCUGAAACUCGACGUUUGCAAAGCCUCCACUGAACACCUUGAGAGUGACAGUCGUCCCAGCUCAGGAUUUUAUGAGCUCAGUGAUGGAGGCUCAGGCUCCCUAUCCAACUCCUGCACAUCUGUGUACAGUGCUUGCCUCUCCUCGUCCUCCCAGACAAACCUCCAGUCCUUCUACCCUCCCAACGCUGGCCUGGCGUUGCCUGGCUUGGCUGAAGCAUCCCGCCGUCGGUCAGCUGACGAGACCACUUCCCAUGCAGACCCUCCUAGAGCCACGGGCAUCCGUCUGGGCAGCAGUCGGAUUCGUCCAGGCAUGUCCAGCUCAGAUCGUGGCAGGCAAAGACCUGUGUCCACAGGUGAUCUUGACCGGAUGAUGUCACCCAGAACUGGAUACUGCAAACCUGCUGAUGCCAGAACCUCAACACUGUGUAACAAUCUGCGGAAUGUUAAUGUGGACAUUAAAUACCAGAACAACUUGGUGUCACGCGGCGGCACAGAGGUCUAUUGCUACCCAAGUCCCCUACAUGCUGUAGCACUCCAAAGCCCCAUCUUCUAUCUUAGUGCCAAUCAAGCUGCAUCUCUUUCAAUGGAACCACAGGAAGGGACUGUCGCUGCCAGCCCAGAUGACACUGAGCUCAUCAGUGCAAAGCCUGAGAUGGCACAAACCAGGCAAGUUGGCUAUAUCAACAAAAUCCUUCAACGUAGCACGAGUAAACUAAACAUUCUGAAUGACAAUGGGCAAGCCAUGGUGCCAUUUUCCACCAACACCCCACAUUCUUUUGCUGGUGCUCAGGAAGUUCAGAGUGAACAACUUGGCAAGCUUCAGGAUCCAAUUUUCUUUCAAGAGAGCACCAUGCUGUCAAAUAACUACCUUGAAGGAAAUAAGAACUCAAAAAUGUAUUAUAAUCAGAAUUUAGGGAAUUGUGUAACUUCUAGUGCAGGCAUAAAUAGCAACAAAGAUGAACCACCACGGAUUUGUCACUCUAACCACACAACCAUCUCAAGGGAAUUCAAGUCAAACAAGACUGUAGAAAUGGUUGGAUCUGCAACUAGAGAUGGGACACCAGGUAACCCAUGUGUGCGUAAUCCAUGUGAGCGUUACCCAUGUGAGACAAGGAAACGCUCAAGUUCUAAGCCACCAGAGAGGAGACCCAAGGUUGCCACAGCCUCUGAGGACAACCAUGUGGUUCCCUCUGAGUUUGUCCAUGCUCAGUUUGUCCCUGCUGGGUCCCAGCAUGUCAAGAUCCAACAGGCAGACAGAAAAACUAAGGCGGUCCGAUUGCGAAGACGGAGCUGUGACAAGCCUAGAGGGUCGAAGCACCUCCAGAAGCUCCCCUCCAGAGAGCGUGAGAGAGAGACCUCCUCUAAACUACGAGUGGAGAGGAACUCCAAGUCAUACAGCGCAGAAAAGAUGCUUGCAAUGCACUCUUGCUCUGAGACUAGCAUCCCUGGACACCUUCCUCUUUGUUGCUCAAGUAGUCAAUCUCUGGUUCCAACCAACCAGGCCGCCAAAUGUGGCAAGACCUGCCGACCUCACCAACCCAGCUCUGAGCACCUUAACCCCGACCAAGGCGGAGGAAGGAGGAGGCAGUGUUCUCAGAGGCACCUUUCUGCCUCAGAGGUCCGUUUGUCCCAGUCCACCUCCCACAACCAGAGAUCCAAAGAGGUUCUGAUCCAGGGUGCCGGGCGGAGGUCAGGGAUGAGACCGCAGUCUGGACACUGGGGUGGGAGUGUUGUUGCUGCUGCACCUCGCUCCUCCCUCAAACCCUCCAUCUCUGCUUCUUCCUACUUUUGUCAGAUGAAUGCUAGAUACCCCCCGGCCCCUUGCAGAGGCCCUGGCAGCCGUUACCCUCCUAGGUGUGAGUCGGAGCUCUCCGAGUACUCCGCAGAGUGUGCCUCUCUGUUCCACUCCACCAUAGCCGAGAGCAGCGAGGGUGAACACAGCGACUACACCGCCAACCGCUUCGGCGACAGCGAGUCCAGCCAAGGUAGCCAGUCCCACUCGGAUUCGGACAGCAGUCUGUCCCUGUGCGAGGAGGAUCUGGAGGAGGAGGAAGGGGAAGGGGAGGAAGGUGGGCUAGUGUGGGCAGAGGCUACGCUCGGUCCGACUGCUGCCGGGCUUCCUCUUCCCGAGUCAUCCCAGCCCGAGCCUUUGGCCUGCCGCAUCAAAGCGUCCCGUGCCCUGAAGAAGAAAAUCCGAAGGUUCCAACCAGCCUCUCUUAAGGUUAUGACUCUCGUGUAGCCUUUGACAGACAUUGUAUGAUAGUAGAAGCUUUUACCUGUUUCAUCAAUGUCUAAAGAAAAUGCAAAUGUUUUCUUUUUUGCUUGAAGAUUGUUUUAAUGUAAUGCAAGACUAUAAAUUGUAUCCACUUGGGGGGACUGUAUAAGUAUUACUAUUAAAGUCUCUUACCUUGCUUUGUAAAAAUCAUGUCUUUGUAAAGGCUGCUUUGCACAUUAAUUAGAUAUGCAACAUAAUCAAUUUCAAAAUAAAACAUUAUUUAACAUGCA